AUGACUGCACCAGUUACAACAGUAACAACCAUUGCAACAUCAGUAACAGCACCUUUUACAGCUGUAGAACAUUUCCUUUCAAUAACUCAUCAAUUGUUUGAUGAACAUCGCACAGCUAUUUUCAUACUCACUGGAACAUUAACAGGAUGGUUAUACAAUAAAUUAUGGGUGAAUCGAAAAUUUUAUCCAAGUAUGCAAUUAAUGCAAGGUAAAACUGUUCUUAUUACGGGUGGUAAUGCUGGUCUUGGCUAUGAAACAGCUAAAGAUCUUCUUCGACGAGGUGCUCGAGUUAUUAUUGCUUGUCGUGAUAUGGAUAAAGGUCGUCAAGCUAUGCGAAAAUUAUAUUCUGAAACAGAAUGUGAAGAAAAAAAUCUUCGAUUAAUGGAAUGUGAUUUAUGUUCAUUUGAAUCUGUUCGUAAUUUUGCUAAUUUAUAUAAUAAUGAAGAAGAAAGACUUGAUGUAUUAAUAUGUAAUGCUGGUCUUGUUUGGCCAAAAUAUGUAGUUACAAAAGAUGGAUUUAAUUCUAUUAUUCAAGCUAAUUAUCUUGGUCAUUUUUUAUUAACAAAUCUUCUAUUAGAUAAAUUAAAAAAAUGUCGUCCAAGUCGAAUUAUUAAUGUUUCAUCGGAUGCACAUCAAAGACUUCAAUCAAUUGAUUGGUUUGAUGUAUUUACACAAUUUAAAGAUUCUCGUCUAUUAGGUGUAUAUGGAUCAUCAAAAGCAUUUCAAAUAUUAUCAACUUAUAAAUUAAAACAAGUUUUACUUGCUGAAGGUGUUAAUGCAUUUGCAUUACAUCCUGGUAUGGUUGCAACAUCUAUUGGAGUACCAAUACGAGAAGUUUUUGGAAUUUAUCGAUUUCUUAUUUUGUAUCCAAUAUUACGUUUGCUUAUAUUUCCCUUUAUUAAAACACCAAAGACUGGUGCACGAACAACUAUUUAUUGUACAGUUGAACCUUCACUUGAACAUUCAACAGAUCUCUAUUUUGAAAAAGAUACAUCAUCAUCAUCAUCAUUAAUUCCAUAUGAUCAACAGUUAAUAAAAAAUAAAUACAUUAUUUAUAUUAAAAAUGCAUUGAUUAGUCAUUGUAAUACAACAGAAUUUAAACAACAGUUACGUCAAAAAAGAGAUAGUAACGAUAGUACAGAUAUCAAAGCAGUGGUGGCAUCUAUUAAUGAUCAUCGCAUCGGUAUUGUAGCUGCCGCCGUUUUGAUCAUCGGCGGUACUGCCUGUUUCAUCUAUGGAUGCAAUGUCAUAUCAGCUUGGCUAGCAACUGCAUGGGUAACAGCUUAUGAGUGGAUCAAUGCUCAUGGUAUGAUUUUUGGAGCGAGCGUGGCAGGUGUGAUAGAGGCAGGUGCACAGAUUCGUCAACGUAUUGUCGAUGCACAAUCUGUUGUUGAUGCUUUAUUUCCAAUUCAAACUCACUUUCAAGAAGUAACUGAUAAUUUAAAACGGAUAUGUGAUCUUCUAUCUGACGUGGGUCAGCAUUAUGCGGAGAUAAAAGGAAUGGGUCGAGCUCUAUCGGAUGAAGAUAAUUCCAAAAUUCAAUUCAUCAAAUUGUUAGAAACAACACAACAAGAAGUAAACAAAGGAUUUCAAUUAUUGAAAAAAUUCUAA